AUGGUUACUAAAACCAGAGACUCCUUCACGUUUAACUAUCUAUACAAACAACUUUCCUAUGACGAUAUCUAUAACAACACAGAAUAUGCCCAGAUCCGAUACCGUCCGCGGCCGUACGACCUUCCAGACUUCUACAACCAGAUCUCGUACGAAGAGAAGGGAAACUCUUUGGAGGUGUAUAGGGAAGGCGAUGGCGGUCAGAGUCAGCUGUUGGUGGGGUUCGCGAGAGACCCUUUCAGGUAUUCAGUGCCAGAGGAGGAUUACUUAAAUGGAGUUCGACACGCAAACCUUCAGCCAUACACCAGAGGAAAGCGUGGCGUCUUCCACUUGUACAACAUGAUAUUCUGCGCUACCGGCUGUGAGCCGCUCAUAUAUAAGGGCUACGGCUGCUACUGUGGAUUCCUUGGCUCGGGGAGACCUACCGAUGGCAUUGACAGAUGCUGCAAGAUGCACGACGAAUGCUAUGAUAACCUCUUCUGUCCGUUCUUCACCGUCUACUUCCAGCCCUACUACUGGAAGUGCUACAAGGGCCAGCCCCUCUGCGCCCGUGAAAACUACCACACCCAAAACCAGUUCAUCAAUGGAUGCGCAGCAAAGUUGUGUGAAUGUGACAGAAAACUAGCAAUGUGCUUGAAGAAAUACGCAUGUCCCAAAAGAAGAGCGCUUUGCACGUCGUCACCGUUGAGACUUCUGCAGAAUCUUUUGAUAUUUUGAAUGUUAAAAUGUCUGCU